AUGAUAGGUAAAGUUGUUGUUUCUGUGGCGUCCGUCCUUUUAUUAGUCGGAGUAGCCAUAGGAGUCGUUGCCAUCGUUAACAGAAACAACGAUACUCCCCUGUCUCCACAAAUGAAAGCCGUUCAAGGAAUUUGCCAGGCGACUACUGACAAAGCCUCAUGUGUCAAAACACUCGAGCCAGUCAAGAGCGAUGACCCAAACAAACUGAUCAAGGCCUUCAUUCUCGCUACACAAGAUGCUAUAACCAAAUCAUCAAACUUCACGGGUAAAACCGAAAGUAAAAUGGGUUCAAGCAUCUCACCAAACAACAAAGCCGUUCUUGAUUACUGCAAGAGAGUUUUCAUGUACGCGCUUGAGGAUCUUGGUACCAUUGUUGAGGAAAUGGGUGAAGAUCUUAACCAGAUCGGUAGCAAAAUCGACCAGCUUAAACAAUGGUUAACCGGUGUUUACAACUACCAAACCGAUUGUCUUGACGAUAUCGAAGAAGAUGAUUUGAGAAAAACUAUUGGAGAAGGCAUUGCAACCUCCAAGAUUCUCACCGGCAACGCUAUUGACAUCUUCCACACAGUCGUCAGUGCGAUGGCCAAGCUUAACAUCAAAGUCGACGAAUUCAAGAACAUGACAGGUGGAUUCUUCUCUUCCUCCGAGAAAGGAUCAGCUCCCGCCAAGAAAGAAGCCACUCCUGCUGCCGUUGAUACUCCCGUGGCCGAUCCAGAUGGUCCUGCACGUCGUCUUCUUGAAGACAUUGACGAGACUGGAGUCCCAAGCUGGAUUUCUGGUGCAGACAGGAAGCUGAUGGCUAACGCUGGACGUGCCGAAAAGGGCGGCGCAGGUGGUGCUAGAAUCAAAGCAACCUAUGUGGUGGCUAAGGACGGAAGCGGUCAGUUUAAGUCGGUCCAACAAGCCGUUAAUGCUUGUCCCGAGAAAAACCCAGGACGGUGCAUUAUCCACAUCAAGGCUGGUAUCUACAAAGAGCAAGUUGUGAUCCCCAAGAAAAAGAACAACAUCUUCAUGUUCGGAGAUGGUGCAAGAAAGACUGUUAUCACUUUCAACAGAAGUGUUAAACUAACCCCUGGAACCACCACUUCUCUUAGUGGCACAGUCCAGGUGGAAUCUGAAGGGUUCAUGGCUAAAUGGAUCGGAUUCAAGAACACAGCUGGUCCAAUGGGACACCAAGCCGUGGCAAUCAGAGUGAAUGGAGACCGUGCAGUCCUCUUCAACUGUAGAUUCGAUGGUUACCAAGACACUCUAUACGCUAACAAUGGUCGUCAGUUCUACAGAAACAUUGUGGUCUCAGGAACAAUCGAUUUCAUCUUCGGAAAAGGCGCAACCGUUAUCCAAAACUCAAUGAUUGUUGUCCGUAAAGGAAACAAGAAUCAAUUCAACACCGUCACAGCCGACGGAAACGAAAAGGGUUUAUCCAUGAAAAUCGGUAUCGUCCUCCAGAACUGCCGCAUCGUUCCCGACAAGAAACUACAGGCAGAGAGGUUAACCGUUGAGUCAUACUUGGGAAGGCCGUGGAAGAAGUACUCGACCACCGUGGUCAUCAACUCUGAGAUCGGUGAUGUGAUUAAACCAGAAGGAUGGAAGAUCUGGGAUGGGGAGAGUUUCCACAAGACAUGUAGGUACGUUGAGUACAACAACCGUGGACCAGGAGCUAUCACUAACAAAAGAGUUGACUGGGUUAAGAUCGCUAAGUCUGCAUCUGAGGUUAACCAAUUUACUGUGGCUAACUGGUUGGCUCCCGUUGACUGGAUCAAAGAAGCUAAUGUCCCCGUCAACCUUGGACUAUAA